UGUGAGAUCGAGGAGUUAUUUGGCAACAUUGCUGCGACAUGACUAUCAUUGACGGGAAGUGGGUGGACCUUCCACAGAUUCACUGGACGACACACAAAUGACCACUCCAAUUCUUGUUUUGACCAUUAAAAGGUUUUAUCGAUACAUAAAUAUGGUAUUGAUCUAACGGAGAUUACACGCACCAACAUUGAAGCCAGUUGGAGAGUCACCAUGGUGUCUGCAGGAGAGCUGCUGCUGUUAGCCGGCCUAGUCUUGGCUGUAGCUGCCACAGGAGGGUUUUCCCAAACCAACCAUUUGGUGACAGCCCCACAGACAACGCAAUUUCUAGAGAUCGGCUCUAACUUCAAGGCUACAUGCAUGAUCAUCAACACAACGGAAGUUACAGCUGAUGACCUCUACUGGAAACUGUCUGCGACUACUGUAUCCAAAGAGCUGUACACCAAGCUCAAUGAAUCGGCUAUCAGUGUCACGAUCCCCGUCACCGGUGUACAAUCUGAAUGGUUAUUUUGCAUGGCAAAAAAGGGAAACUCCCCCUACUUUUUCCUGCACGCAGGCAAAUUUGUCUACGGGGUCUUACUGAAGAAAGGAUAUCCACCAGGGAAGCCUGAGAAUGUUUCCUGUGUGGCCGUUCAGGAGAAAACUACAAUCUCCACGACCUUCAGGUGUAAGUGGGCGACAGUCGGACGUCAAACCAGCGAUGUCCCGACAAAAUACACCCUGAAUGUUGUAGUCAUUCA